GGAAAAAGCUAGUUAAUAUAGCAGAAAUGAUUGUUUUGUUGCAUAUCUUUAGGUUAUCAUCUUGCGCCACAUUAUAAAUGUUUUGGUUCUAUUAUCGGAGGAGUCACUCGGGCAACAUGAAGAUUCUACUGCUGUUGUGUGUUCUUGUGCUGAGCACUGUUAGUGCGGAAAACCCAACAUGUAUGAUGCCGAUUGAAAGCGGCAAUUGUUUCGGCAAUUUUCCCAGAUACGCGUACACCAGAGAGCACGGAUGCCAGGAGUUUGUCUAUGGCGGCUGUGGAGGCAAUAACAACAACUUCAAGACCUACCAAGAAUGCGAAAGAUUUUGCAUGUUACCCCGAUAAGCUAUAAAAAUAAUUAUGAAUUAUCUAUAAAAUAAUGUUUCUGCGAUCAUAACUGUGUAGUGAAAUAAAAAUAAAGCAAUAGA